CCUCAGUCUUUGUUUGAUUUCUCUGAAUUGUCUUUUAUUUACUCACAUGGGAUUAUUUGAAUGUUUUCAUAAAACAGGAUACCUUGUUUGGGAAGUAAGACCACCACAAUGUACAGAAGAGGCAUUUGUGGAGGCUGUUUGUUAAAAACUGAUCCAGGUUUUACAGUGGGUGGAUCUGUGAUAGGUGGAUCUUCGAUGGGUGGAGAAACAGUCUAUCAUCAUCAGCAUACUGUCAAGUUCUGUUACAUCAUCGCUGCUCAUCCAAUCAACUACAGACUUAUAGUUAUCCAAGGACCCUAAAAAACGAAUAAAGAUGUAAAGAUGGUGAAAUGACCCAGCCGACUUUUGUUUCUGGAAAAAGAAAAGGAAUGGAGUUCAAAUCAUCAGAAAGACAGGGUGGAUGAGUAAGUGGAGCAAUGAAUGUGGAUGAGGUGGAGGAUGUGGAUCUGUACAUCGCACAGCUGAAGGACGUGUUUGACAGCUGUGACAUCUACCACCGCGGCUACCUCAGUCGUAGUGAGCUACUGGCCCUCUGUCACAAGCUACAGCUAGAGGAACAGGCCGAGGACAUUGUAGAUCACCUCAUAGACAACGCCGAAUGUGACGAGAUUGACUUUGAGCAUUUUAAGGAGAAUUUUGUGAACAUUCUCUGCCAGUCGACUAUUGAGCGAGUAGAACAUGAAAAUGGCGUGGCACUGAGUUCAAGCAUACAUGAACAGUUUAUGGAUGCUGACCAGUUUGAGGAUGCUGAGGAUGAAGAAAGCGAUGACGUACUUGAGGAGGAGGGAGAAGAGAAUGAUGAAGGGGUAGAAAAACAUGAGGAAGAGGAAACAAAAGAGGACGGGGACUCCCCCACAGACACACCGGAGUUCUUAGAUCUUCAAGAGGAAGUGACUCCAAAGUAUGUACAAGGGAACAAGAGAUAUGGCAGACGGUCGCGGCCAUUCCAGCCAGAGGACUUUGAAGAGUUCCUGAACUCAAAUACAGAGUCAGAAAAAGUGAUUCCAAAUCAAAGUACACAGCCAGGGAAAUCAACCCCAGAAAAGGAUAAAGUUCAUAAGAAGCCCCCUCUUCCUCCCAGAAAAGGCACUCAGCACACAGAAUCCAAGAAUAAGGAUGAAGAGGAAGUGGGGGAGCCAGCUUCACCCCGGGGACAGGAAGAAGAGGGAGGGACAGAAGAAUCCGACGGAGAAGUGGAGAAAGAGAUGUUUGAAGCUGAAGGACAGAUGAAUUUAAACAUGUCGGAGUUGGAGCAGGCCCAGGAAAUAAGUGGACAUGAGGAGUACCUACGCAAUAUCUGGAAGACCUUAAAUGUCGGGCGGGGGGGAUACAUCACCGCUCAGGAGCUGGGUCAAGUCUGCGACCAUAUCGGCAUGGAAAUGAACAAAAAUGAGCUACAGCAGUUAUUUGACCGUCUGGACCAGGACAGUGAUGGACGCAUCAGUUUCGAGGACUUUGUGGGGGGCGUCUUUCAACACAACAGUGGGGGCGCCACAAGUCAGUCCAGGAGUCGCGUUGGCACGCCCCGCUCCCUCACACCCAGAACUCAUUCGGCCCAGAAAAAGUUCCGUCCCACGGCCUCAGGGGCAGAGGAGAGGACCACCCCAUCCUUGAUCAGUGGCAGUGGGUCAUCAGGACUCUUCACGGUGCUUGACACAGAACAUACAGGAUUUGCAAUGCCAGACAGCAUAAUUGAUUUAUGGGAAAAAUACAAUAUCACAAAUGGUGCUGAUAUCCUUCUUGCCCUGGGUUUUGAUUUAGUGACAAGAAUCAGCCUGCUUGAUCUCUCCUAUCUUCUAGAACAGGAAAUGUUGGCAGCUGAUGAAGAGAAUGCCAUUUAUCAGGCAGCCUUUGCUUCAUAUCAACAGGAGAUUAUACACAUCAAAUCCUCCUUGGAGCAGCAGACGUGGGCUACAGACAAACUAAAGCAGGACCUGACAGAGGCUAACUCUCGUAACGCACUGCUGGCCAAAGAGGUGGACGAGAGACAUCUCCAGAUAGAGCAGUCCACCGAGAAAAAACUCAGGAGAAUUUUGAUUCAAAUCAAAGAUACUUACUAUUCAAUAGAGAAGAAGUAUCAGGAGCAGUUAAGAAGCCUACAGACUGAGUUAGAACAGGAGAGGGCUCAGAUGAGCUCCCUGAAGAACGGCCUGGACUCGGAGAAAGAAAGGAUUGAAGAGGAGGAAAAGACGCUGAGACUCAGGCUGAUGUCAACUCAGAAGGACAUGGAAAAAAUGGAGGCAGAAUUGGUAGAGACAAAUGAGAAGUUGGCAGAGAGUGAAAAGUUAAAUACGAAGUUACAGAAAGACUUUGAGAGAGUGGUGGAACUACAACAAAAGUGGGAGGAGUAUGAAGCCUCUGACCUGAUGACCCCAGAACAACAAAGAUCUCACCAAGAAAAACUCACAAGGACUACCUCAGAAAACCAGAGGCUGAAGGACAUGAAUGAUGAACUGACAGCCCAAGUACUAGAGCUCCAGCAACAGAUCGGCUCCCGCAAUAAAAGUGAGCACUCAGGCGGCCUGACCCCCCAUUUCGGGUCUCGUAUCCCCAUCAGGGAGGGGUCCUUCUUGUCAGACUAUGUUAAGACCAAACGAGGAGUUCGCUCCUCAGUGUCCUCAGAGAACUCAGAAGAUGAGGGUCUACACAUCCCUAAUCACCCUGGGAGGGUCAGGAGAAGACUCCCUCUGGCCCCAGCUGAUGAUGACGACACUUGUAGUGUAAGUAGCAUACAGAGUGAUAGAGACUACAUUGAGAUCCUGAAGAAAGAAAUCACAGAUCUGAAAAUCCACAAUGAAAGGGAAAAGAAUGAUCUAGAACAGACCCACAAGAAUGAAAUAUCACAACUGGAGGAAAAAUUCCAAACAGAAAAAGAGGAACUACUGAAGAGUCACAGGGAGGAGAUCCUUAAACUGGAGGAAAAAUACCAAGAGGAAAAGGAGGAACUAGGAGAGAAAUUCAGGGAGGAACAGGAAAAACUUCUGAAGGAAAGUGAGAAGAAUCUCCAGAAUGACUUUAAAAUCAAGAUGGAGGAAAAAGAGAGAGAAUUUUCCUCUGCACAGAAAGCAAUGGAAGAGGAUUUCCAAAAGGAGAAGCAGAAAAUCAUUGACAGUUUACAAGAGGAAUAUAAAAGAGAACUGCAGGCUCAGGUUUCACAAAUGGAAAGUGAAAGUAAAAAGGACAAAGACUUGGAAGUGAAACUAGCUUGUUCUUUGGAGGAAAUUCAAAAGUUGGUGCAAGAGAAAAAUGACUUGCAAGAACAAUUAGCUUUCCAGAAAGAGGAAUUCUUAGCUCAGUAUGAGCAAGAACAGAGUGAACUCAAAGAUGAACUCGAGUCCACUUUAGUGGGUACUGAAAGUGCAAUAAAAAACUUAGAGACGGAAAAGGUGCAAUUGUCUAUGAAAAUAGAGGACAUGACUCAACAGUUUGAAUGGGAAAAGUUAAAACUUCAGGAGGAGUUUGAAAAGGAACUUCAAAAACAAGAAAAUGAAUACCGCAAAGAUUUACAAGACUUCGAAAAUAUCUUUGCACAGGGAGAAGCCGCUCUGAAAGGCAAACUGAGGGAGGAUUUUUAUGGCCUCCUGGAGAAGCACAAGAAGGACAUCCUGGAGACGGAGAAGGAGGCCAUGAUGAAAGAACUCCAGAAGGAGAGGCUGGCUAUGGAGAAAGGUUUUGCUCACCAGAAAAAUCAGCUCGAUAAGGGAUAUGAGAAGGAAAAAGAGGAGUUGGUGAAGAAAUAUGAAGAGCAGGUGCAGUUCUUACGACAGCAGCUUCACAGUCUGGAGGACAAGAUGGAAUCUGAAAGAGAGGCUAUGUUGAGGAAAUACGAGGAGGAAAAGGAAGGACUGGAGGAGGAGCUGGCAUGUGCCAUCAGGGAGGAGCUAAAGAGGCACAAGGAGAGGCAGAGAAGAAUGGCAAAGCAGGAUGAGUAUGUGAGUCAGAUGGAGAAACUACAAGAAACUUACAAUCACGAGAGAAAACAGCUGAUGCAACAGAUCAAUGUGUUACAACAGGAGCUAGAUACGAUGCAGAAAGAAUUCAGUAAGGAGUCCAAGCCAAGCAAGAAAGUCGAGGAGCUCAACAGGACCAUUACAGCCCUACAGAAGGAUAAGAUACUGGCUGAAAAAGCUCAAUCUGAGCUCCAGAAGGCCUUACAGAUGACUAAGACUGCCAUGGAAACUCGGUUAUCAGAGAUUGAUGAAGAGAAAGCAAGUGCUUUGAAUGCUGUAAGGGUUGAACUGGUCCAGGCAUCAAAGGAAGCAGGAAAACAGAAGGCAACUUUAGAUGCUGUUAACAGAGAAAAGAAACUUUUAGAGAAAUCACUUGAAAAAUUACAAAAGGAAAUGUCAGAGAUGCAGAAAGAUGCAGGAAAAUUGUCUGAUUUACAGGGAAAGGUUAAUGGAUUAGAGGAGGAAAAUAAAUCUCUCAUUGAUGAAAGUCGUAAACUGAAGUUUGAACUGAAACAGUUCCAUACCACUGUCAUACCAGCUCAUGCACAGCACGUGAUUGACAAAUUACAAGAACGGAACACGUUUCUCGAGGAGACUUUGUCAUCAGCUCAGCUCAAACUCACUCGAGUGGAUGAUCAAGUCGAUAAACUCGCUCACCCCAAGUCUGAGCAUAACAAUAACAGCCAUGAAUCAAACAAGAAGUUAGCGGAGAAGAUGGACAGUCUGAAUGCCCACGAAGCUGACGAGUCGGCCAAUCACCUCUACAAAGAAAGGGAGAAGAUGCAGGCUCUACAGUUAGAGAAGGGGAGGUUAGAGGAGGAACUCCGAAAGGUUACACAGAUGUUGGAGGAGGCAACCAGUGACCUAGCUAAGUUUCAGUCCCAGCAUGCUCAUUAUACCAGAGGCCGGCCCAGUAGUCCAGUGGACAUUGAGAACUUUACCAAGCUACAGAUAGAUCUAGUGGAUCAACAGAGACAGCUCAGAGAGCUACAGGAACUCAUGGACAACAAGGAAAAUGAAAAGUGUCGAAAGUUCAGAGUUAAGGAAGAUGAAAAGAAGAGAUUGGUUCAGAGUUUUGAAGAAGAGAAGGCAAAUUUGACUAGAAAACUGAAACUCACUCAGAAGAUGUUAGACGAACAACUGGAGAAAAUUAACGCUCAUUAUGCUGAGUGUGAGAAAAGGAAUAUUUUGGUGGUGGACUUGUACAAAGAAAACGCUGAUUUGAUGGAAGCUCUCUACUUAAUGGAGGAGAGAAAGAAGGAUGCUGUGUCUCGUUGUUAUAGACUCGAGGACCAGUGCAAGGUGCUACGUGUCAUGCUCAAAAAAGUCUGCCAUGUGGCAAUCGCUUGACCUAUUAGUCUGCCAUGUGGCAAUCGCUUGACCUAUUAGUCUGCCAUGUGGCAAUCGCUUGACCUCUAAUUAAGUCAUUGCUUGACCUUUACGUAUGCCAUAUGACUGUUCAAUAACUUAACUCUCCAGCCAUGUAGCAGUGGCCUGACAUGAUAGCAUGAUUGCCAUUUGUCAGUUUUUGACAUCUUAGUGUACAACGAGACAGUUGCUUGAGGUCUUAGUCUGUGGUUUGUCAGUAACUUUAUAUCUAAGCCGGCAAUGUGACAUCAACUUAACAUGUAAGUCUGUCAUGUGGCAGUGUCGUGAAUUCUAAUAUGUAAGGAAGAAAGUUCUAUGUUUGAUAUGCUUAUUUUACUGAAAUUGAAGUCCAUUUUAAUACUGCUUAGACCACAUUCUAGUUCUGGAUGUUGAUCUGCCUGUUGCGUAUAUGACUGUGCCAUAUAAUGUAUCCAUGGCGAUACAUGUGAUAUUGUUAUGUAGCAGUCAUUCAAGGUGUUCAGUGAAUAUGAUACAUUUUCCAUGUGAAUAGUGACAUAUACUCAAAUUUCUAACUUACUGCUUUUGAAAGCAAUAUCUGUUCAUGAUAUUUAUAAGAGUGUUUGUGUGAGUAAGAGGGAUUGAGCAAUUGUGUUGUUCACAUCUUAAACAGAAGGGUAAGUAUGAGAAAAUGAGGAGUCUUAUUUGGUGUUGGAAACUGUGUAUUUAUAGUAGAGUUUUCAUGCAGCAAUUGAAAUAUAUAUGAUUUUUUUUUUCAUUCACCGCAAUAUCCUCUGUUUAGUGUUCACAUUAAGAAAUCUUAAAAUUGUUAACAUUAUAUUUUUCAUGUUUUUGUGAGACCUGUAAGAAUGCUAUUUUUAAAAGUAUACAUGUAUACAUUUGUAUAU